GAUGCAUCGCAAAUAUGCUAUACGAGGGCCAUAUUUGAUUCCCCUCCAGACCAGAUCACUCCUACCAUUUCCAGAAGCAGGCCGCCUGUGUUUCCUCACCCUAUAGCAACACUAACCGGAGAGCACAGAUCUCAAACUUGUUCGGCACAAACCAAGCCGUCCCUGACAAUUCCAAGCACGCAUCUGCUAACAGCUUCCGACUACGCCAACUACAUGAAAGCUACAUACCCACUCCUGGCAUCGAGUGAGCUGGGUAUCAUUCUGAAGCAGCACAAUGCUCUCGGUGUCCAGCAAGCAAAUGCCGCCAGGAACAACAGCAUAAACGAGAGCACACGCUUCCUUGACAAAUUGGUUGAAGUACUGUCAGCUACAUGCAUUUGCUGCAGCCUCCGCUCCCUGCCCUGCUUAGUGCAGCAGAGACCUCAGGAUUCCCACUCAAACUCCUCAGCGAGCAAUUUGUUCAGACGCAGGGUCGACCAAGCUGAUUCUGAUGCUGACAGCUCAUCGACAAGGAGCACAAAGAGGUGCAAGCACAGAGGACCUGCUGACACCGCGCCACAGAAAGAUAAACAAGAAAUGCAAACAGAGCAGGCAGAGUCUGAUUCAUCAUACCUCACACCAAAUGACAAGAUCAUUCGCCACAAGAGUACAAGGGAUGACAAGAUUAAAAACUGGGCUAGCGCUGUGCGCGACUCAAUCCUGAUGUAUAAUGACGACACAAGCACACCUCGAGAUGCAGUUUUGAUAGGCCAGACUGCAGAACCUCCUACCAAGGCGUGUGCUGAACACACGCACUACGUGAUUGAUCACUGGAGUGCAUUGGCCGAUGUCGAGUACCAAACAAUAGCACAGCAAGACAAGUUGUCCUUUCUGGUCAUGUCAAUCCCGACAACAGACUGUCCAAGGCUGUUCAUGUGUCACCCACACCCCAGGUUCAUCUCAAUGACGGUAAAAUCCAUCACGGACCAACUGGUUGGACACACAUGUCUUGAACACGAGCUUUGCUGCCUCAUUAUCCACCGUCUGCGAUAGGUUGACACGACAGUUUUCUAUACUACCACCGAGGGAGAAUGGCGCCACUGGUUCGAAGUUGAUUUUUCGACAACCAUCCUAGCAGGCGACAAGGCGUGGGACAUUAAAUCUGUGCAGGACCAGUUUCUCGGCGCCGGGGUUCCGUAUAACAUUGCACUAUGCCGCAUGUUCCACGUCCCAGUAGUUCUAGCGACCGGAUGGUGUAUUUACUCGUGGGACAUGCAAAAGAAAAUCAUACAUAUAUUUGACCCGGUGGCACCGACACUACCCGACGAUUAUGCACAAAUCCAUGAAGCCAUCGCGGAUAAGAUCCACAUAGCAUUGUUCACGUGCUUUCUGAAGUUUUUUGACAACUGGCACGUCGGCUGUACCAACUGGGCAAAGCAAUUCCCAGUUGUUACCUCAUCCAUAUUUAGCAAAUCGGAGAGUGGGAUCUGCAUCCUUCAUUUUGGCAGGCAUUUCAACGGUUCUUCGCUUGAGCAGCAGCUGACAAAUGAUUCGAUCAUCCGCGAGAAGGGAUUAUUCCUCCAUCAGCUGAUGAAGCUUGAUGGCAACCUUAUAGAGGUCCCAACUGGAAUCAAGUCCAUCAUAUCGUCUCCUUAGCGACCACACGGCACCAGCAUUCAUAAGUGUAGUAGUCAGAUAUGAGUUGUUGACCUGCCCCCAGUGGAUGUUAUAAGUUUCUAUCAGAAAAUAACACACUGAAGUUGUGAUUGUUCUUUCUUAGAUGUGCACUAAUUUGUUUCCACCGAAGAGGUACUGCAAAAACCGUCGAAACAAGCACAAUUUCUGUUCAGAAGGGUGAACCUUACUCCAGUUUA